GUCCAGGGAUACGCGCUGUGACAGCAUCGUGGUUCAUUUGUCUCUCCAGGGAACCAGCAGCUGAGCACGAGGACUGAGAACAACUGCGAUGUCCUCUCAUCCGGAAGGAGGCCCGCAGCUGGAAAUAACCGCAAAACAUCACGUCCUGAAAUCUCAAGACGCUCUCGACUUGACGAGCGAUGACGCACGGUGCAGCCCUGGGACCACUUCGGAGGUUAAAGCGGAGAACAGCGAAGCCCCGUGCCCGCAGCAGGAGACACAUAAGCCGCGCGCCAUGACCCGGAGCCCAAAGUGCGCACGGUGCCGAAACCACGGUGUCGUGUCGUGCUUAAAGGGUCACAAGCGCUUCUGCCGCUGGAGGGACUGCCGCUGCGCGUGCUGCCUGCUCGUGGUGGAGAGACAGAGGGUCAUGGCCGCGCAGGUCGCGCUCAGACGGCAACAAGCGGCAGAAGUGGCGAGGGCGCACGGACAGGGUAAGCGGGUGAGCCGGUGUGCGGCCCCCGCGCGGAGGAGCGCCUAUCAGCGCUACAGCCGAGCGGCCGAACCGAGCAGCCCCGUGACCAAGAGCAUCCUGCAGGGUCUCAAACCCACAACCCCCCCGCACAACGACUCCCCCUGCUGGUCCAAACCGCACUUACCUCUGUCGUUCCCUUGCCCCUCGGUCAGCGCUCGCAUGAGGAAGAGGAGAGCCUUCGCCGACAAAGAACUGGAAAACGUGAUGCUGGAACGUGAACUACAACAAAACACUCUUCAAAACAAUCUCCACGGCAACCAGGACAUGCCAUCGUUAUCACCCCCCCUCCCGCCUCCUCCGCCUCUGCCCAUCUCCGCCAACCUGUGCUGUAUUCUCAACAAGGAGUUCGUCGAAGGGCCGUCUUUUGUGCCUGUUUUCAAGUACAAACCACUUUAUGAAUGUGAUUUUCAGUUAUAUCAUGUACUGUAUGGAAAAUGCAGGCCUUUCGGAGGGACGAGUGACUAUAUAGCGAUACACCAAAGCUAUAAAGAUCUGCAUGAAAGGACAGAGAAGAAACACUGUGGCUCAAAAGAGGAAAAACAACCAGAUCUGAUGGAUUUGACAGAGCAAAGACUGAAAAAUCAUCACAUUUCGACACCAGGUACAGAUGGUGCGGCUGUAUCGGCUUCGCUUACAGACUGCAGUUGCCCCCGUGGCGGAUCAGAGGGUCGCGGGUUUGAUUCCUCGCCCCUGACAGAGCUGGAGAGGAGCAGUAGUAGCGGUAGUAGCAAUGGUAAUGGUAAUGGAGCGCCCCCUGCUGAUCAUACGGGGCCCCGGGUGGACGUAGUGAAGGCCCCCGGGAGCACUUCAGUCUCCGCACGCCCCACUGUGAAACCUUUACCCUUCUCAGUGGAGGCCUUGCUCAGAGCCUGAAUCAGAAUACAGGAUUGAAAGUAA